ACUUUCGGAUAACUCUCUUCGUUUCGGAAUCCACCAGCAGUCUUCCUAAAAAGCAUUUUAGUUGCAGGAAAAUGUCAAAAAAGCAUUCAGUUUUAUUUAUUUGCCUUGGAAAUAUCUGUAGAUCACCAAUAGCAGAAGCUGUUUUUCUGAGGUUACUUAAAGAAAAAAAGCAGGAACAGAAUUGGGAUGUUGAUAGUGCAGCUAUGGGAGACUGGCAUCUUGGAUUGGGACCAAAUGAACGUACAGUUGUGACAUUGAAGAAAUUUGGAAUAACAGAUUACAAGCAUAUAGUUAGACAGAUUAAGCCACAAGACUUUGAAAGAUUUGAUUAUAUAUUUGGAAUGGACCAUCAGAAUAUGAGUGAUUUAGAAGGUAUAAAGCCUAAGAACUGUCAUGCUAAAACAGUACUGCUUGGUGAAUAUGAUCCCCAGAAAGAGCUUAUUAUUGUAGAUCCAUAUUUUGGCAAUGAUAUGAAGGAUUUCGAUAAAGUUUAUGAACAGUGUUGUAGAUGCUGUGAAGGAUUUUUUAAUGCUGUAACUGGAUCUUAACAAAUUAUCAUACAGUAGAUUUAAUUACCUGAUAAAUGAAAAAAAUAUAUUUCAUGUUUAUUUAUGGAAAGGAAUGUUUGUCCUAGCAUGGGUAUUUUCUUUACAUUUUUAAGGCUUUAAAAUAUUGUAUGGCUUAAACAGAUUACGUCAGAUUUUUAUAAAAAUGAUUUGCAUAUUCUUAUUGGUUAAAAGGACAUGUAGCUUUAAUAUAUCAGAUCAGUCCUCUCAACUAAUGGAAUACAUUAUAAAAAUGUAUGACUGAUAAAGCUACACUUUUAUAUUCAUUUUUCAUUUCACCUAGCUUGCUAUUUUUCUUUAAUGUAAUAUUUUAUUAAUUUAUUUUUCUAAAUCAACAAAAUAUAUGACUUAAGUUUUGCCAGCAUUCAUAUUUUUGUCGAAGGAGGAUGAGAUUUAAAAAGGUACAAAAUAUGUCAAGGUCAAAGUUCUUUUGAAUUGAAACUUUAGUUACAUUUGAUGUCAGUUUUAUAAACAUAUUUAUAGCUGGUGCUACUGUUGUAAAUUUAAGUGCUCAUUUAAAGACCAUACCAACAAUAUGUUUUGAUAUCAAAAGUAUUUUGCAAACCAAACAAAUUGUAAAAAGUUGCAGUAUUUUUCUUCUUUUUUUUUGAGUUGACUGUAAUAUGUCUACAAGACUUGGGGUAAUGCAUAUUUUGGUGCAGGUGAACUAUUGUAUGGUGAAUAGUCAUUUUCUUAAUCAUAAAAGCAUCCAUUCUGCA